AGGCAAGAGGGCCACUUGAGGCCAUAAACAAGAUGGCGGCCAGUGCAAGAUCAGUAGCCGUCGUUGGCUGUGGAUGUAUCGGCAUCACCGCCGCUCUCAGCAUCUUAGAAAGAGACCCUUGUGUACGUGUAACUAUCAUUUCUGAUAGCUUCAGUCCAGAUAAUACGACAGAUGGUGCAGCGGGCAUUUUAUUGCCUUUUGUAUUGUGGGAUACACCGGAGAGCUUGCAAAGAAAAUGGUUUGGGGAAACUAUAGAUCGAUUCCACCAACUUCUUCAAACUGAAAUGGCACCAGAACUUGGCAUAUUCAAAAUUUCUGGUUGCUUUUAUUUUGACACCCCUAAAGAGGAACCAUUUUGGAAAGACCAAGUAUUUGGCUUUAGAAGAUUAAGGCAAGAGGAGCUAAAAGCUUGCCCCUGGCCAGUGAAGGAUGGCUUUGCGUUCAGUACAAUAUUCAGUCAGGCGGCGUACUAUAUGCCAUGGAUGAUGAAAAGGGCAAAGGAUCUUGGGGCAGUGUUUAUUCAAAAGAAAGUAAAAUCAUUGCAAGAGCUGUCUGGUAGCUAUGAUGUGGUGGUCAACUGCACUGGAAUGAGGGCCAAAGAGCUUGUCCAUGACGAACUUCUUCGACCAAUCAGAGGUCAAGUACUAAGAGUCCAGACCCCCAAUAUAAAGGAGUUUUGCCUUUAUGUCAAUCAAGAGUGGGAAAAAUAUGGAAGAGUGGCCUACAUACUCCCACAGAUGAAUGAUGUUGUUGUCAUUGGAGGUACAGAUCAGUUAGAUAACUACAACACAAGUCCUACUCUUAAGGACACGGUCAACAUCAUUGAAGGUGUUAGCAAGUUUGUGCCCAGCCUCAAGAAUGCCAACAUUAUUAAGAACUGGGCAGGACUAAGACCUGCGAGAAAGAGUGUGCGCUUGGAAAAGGAGAUCAUGACUUUUAGAGACGGUUCAGGUCAAGAGAGAAAGCUUAACGUGGUCCAUAACUAUGGGCAUGGAGGUUCAGGGCUGUCACUUUGCUUUGGGUGUGCCAAAGACUGCUGUGACUUGGUCUUUGAAUUCCUUGCAGCGCGAGACAAAGGGGUCCAUGCUAGGACAUCAUACAAUAGAGCCAAGCUGUAGGACGUUUAAACAUAGCUAUCUAUUUGUAAGGUCUUUUUUUCAAUAAUGGUUUGUAUACCUGGGUGGUGGAGCUGGUCUUAAAAUUUACUAAGCAGCUAAGUAAAGUACGAAGUAAAACAAACAGCACACGAGAAACAUACUAUGUGUUUGACACGAACUUUUGCACCAGACCACGAGGUCACUCCUACGGUAGUGAUAACGCUCGUGUCAAUCAAAACUGAUUCUCGUUUCCUGAUUGGCUAUCUUUCUUAAAAGGUUCUUGUGUCUGUUUUCAAGGGCCCAACCAUUUUUAGCAUAUGAUGUGAGGGGAAGGUAACGAAAAUGUCGAAAAAGCAAACAAACAAGCAAUCUUCGCUAACUAUUGAUGGCAUAGCGAAUUUCCAGAUAAAAAAUAUCGAGCGAAUCCAACUAAGCUGAAAAUACUGAGUGAGCGUGAUAAACGCCUGCUACUCUAUUUUUCAACCCUUUCUCUUUUUUUCUUAUUUUCUGACCCAAUGACAACUUGUAUUUACAACAUGGCCUUCGUAUACUUAAAAGCACUUGGUAAAAAUUGUAUAAAAAUAUCAGAAAUUCAUUGUAAAAUAAACUUAGUAGGGUGUCAUGAUAAAACGAAUAAAAAAAUGUCUUCUUA